CCUUAAUUGGGUUAGGUGACGAAUUGUUUAGCCUUUCAACAGUCGAUUUCCUCCUCUAGGAAAUUUAGUAUUAAUACUUCAUAGGGUUUGAGUAAAAGAUAAAGUGAGCUGAUGAAUGUGAAUGGACUUUGCAAACCGUGAUAAUUGAGUGCCUACUGUGAGCUUGGGAUAUACAUGACUGCAUUUGAUCUUUACAGGACCCACCCAAAGGGCGGUGGAAGUAACCCUAAAAAAAGGAAGUUGAAGCAGACGAGCCAAAUAACUUCUUGGUAGUUAGUAAGGGAUAGGCAGUUUUCCAACCUACGUCUGUCUCUUUUGCUAUUGCUUUCGUCUAUGUCUUAAUUAUUGGAAACUCAGCAUUUAGAAUUGAAGACUUUGAGAGGUGACAUACAAAUGGCUGAGCUAUACACUAGGAGUUCAUGUUAACCAGGCUAAACAGAUGCUGUAUGAUUAUGUUGAAAGGAAGCGAAAGGAGAAUUCAGGAGCCCAGCUGCAUGUCACCUAUUUAGUGUCUGGCAGUCUCAUUCAGAAUGGACAUUCUUGCCACAAGGUUGCAGUAGUGAGAGAAGAUAAAUUGGAAGCAGUGAAGUCCAAGCUAGCUGUGACUGCCAGCAUCCAUGUGUACAGCAUCCAGAAAGCCAUGCUAAAGGACAGUGGGCCUCUGUUCAAUACCGACUAUGACAUCCUUAAAAGCAACUUGCAGAACUGCAGCAAGUUUAGUGCCAUACAAUGUGCAGCUGCAGUUCCCAGAGCUCCUGCUGAAUCCUCAUCUUCCGAAAAGUUUGAGCAGUCAGAUCUUCAAGUAUCAAGUGAGACACAAGCCAAUAAUGAGUUGACAACCAAUGGUCAUAGUCCACCUACCUCCAAACAGAUUUUACAGCAGCCCAAGGGAAUAAUGGGAAUGUUUGCCUCUAAAGCUGCUUCUAAAACCCAAGAAGCCAACAAGGAAACCAAAACAGAGGCUAAAGAGGUAUCUUCUGCAGGCAAUAAGGCACCAGGGAAAGGGAAUGUGAUGAACAAUUUUUUUGGAAAAGCUGCUAUGAAUAAACUUAAAGUCAAUUUGGAUUCAGAACAAGCAGUGAAAGAAGAAAAAAUAGUGGAGCAACCUCCAGUGUCUGUCACUGAACCAAAGCUGGCAGCCCCUACAGGCCUGAAGAAACCCAGCAAAAAAGCAGAGCCUGUUAAGAUGCAGCAGAAGGAAAAAAAAAGGGGGAAGCGAAUGGAGUUAUCUGAUGAUGAGACAAAAGAAACUGAAAGUAUGAAGAAAAAGAGGAGAAGAAUCAAACUUCCUGAGUCUGAUAGCAGUGAAGAUGAAGUCAUACCAGACUCUCCUGGGGAUUAUGAAGCUGAGUCACCAUCCCCACCUCCUCCUGCUUCUCCACCUCCUGAACCAGUGCCUAAGACUGAACCAGAGCCUCCUUCUGUCAAGAGCUCAAAUGGAGAAAAAAGAAAACGAAAACGGGUGCUGAAGUCUAAGACCUUUGUGGAUGAGGAAGGCUGCAUAGUGACUGAAAAAGUCUAUGUGAGUGAAUCCUGCACAGAUAGUGAAGAGGAGCUUAAGAUGAAGACCUCCUCUGUACAUAGACCCUCCGCCAUGACGGUGAAAAAAGAACCCAAAGAAGAACGAAAGGGCCCAAAGAAAGGGACUACUGCUCUGGGCAAAGCCAACAGACAAGUAUCCAUUACUGGCUUCUUCCAGAGGAAGUGAACUGCCAUCUCUGUUAGUUCAGAGACGUGGAGUGGUCAAGGGAGAAGACCAAGACAGACAGACUCUCACUUACUGUGUAAGUUCAUCCUGUGCCUCACCUUGCCUGUAUCAAAAGACUUAUCCAUCCUGUGAGGUUUAUACUGUUUCUGGUUUUUAACCAAAGGGAAAUCACCUGGAAGCAAGAGGCAAAAGAAUAUUUAAGAAGCUGUUGUGUUUUAAGGACAUUUUUUUUAAGCACAAUCUUGACCUGUUCUGGAGAAGAAUUCACUCCAAACAUAAAUUGGAACAGGUUUCAGAAUUAUCACUGAAGCCAUUUAGUUGCUAAUUCACUGCUCCCUACCCAAUCCUGUGUCCUGAGCACUUAUGGCUCAAGAAGUAUUCUUCUUUGUUCCUUUGUAUUCUGUGGACUUGUGUGGGUCUUCAUUUAUCCCUGAAUUUUACUGGCUGUGUUUACCACUCUCCCCAUAAUCCCUUCCCCACUACCAUACUUCUAUGUGAAGCCAUUUUCUGUAAGUCUUUUAAAUCUUUGUUGGACUAAAGGCUGAAACAAAAAUCUCCCUAUAAUCCUCUAAUCCUCUCUUCCUCCGUUAUAAAGUACACUGACACCUGGCUACAGACCAGCACAUUGCUUAUGUUCUGCGCCUUUCACAAAAGCUCUCUCGACCUUCACUCGCAAUUAGUAGGUAGGGAAAAGCCUCAGGCAGAGCACAAAUAGAAAUGUAAUGAUGUAUUCAACUCCACCAGAAAUUACUUAGUGUCAGCAUUGACGAUAGUAGAGGCCUUGCCAUGUUGCUGACACAGGGCAUGUUUUACGCUGCUCUUUGUGAUUUUUGUCUCCUCCUCUCUCCCUUUCCCACUGUUAGUACCUAGAGAGUGAAACCCAGGCAAUGAAAUGGAGGCUAAAAAGAGAAAGCCUUUUCUGUAUGCAGGGUACAACAGUUAAGAAAAAGUUCUCCUUCUCAAGGAACCUGAAUGUUCAGAAACAGCAAUUUUCCAGGAAGGUAACAAGGAAGAAAUAAAGCACACAUUUUUAUA